GUGGCAACCCUGAAGACGCCUCACGCCAUUACAUUACUUCCUGACUCCUCUGGUUGUUUCAUUCAAGUAAUAUCUGGGAUAAUUCUAGCUGCAAUUAAGCAGCGCAAAAGGAUUUAGUUUUUAUUUGAAUUAACCCUAGAUCUAAAAAACCUUCACCAUGGGUGUCAACGUAGAAACUAUUUCACCUGGCGAUGAGGCAACCUAUGCAAAAAAAGGUCAAACUGUUGUAGUUCACUACACUGGUACAUUAACUAAUGGCCAAAAAUUUGACUCAUCUCGUGACCGUGGAAAGCCAUUCAAGUUCAAGAUUGGAAAGGGAGAGGUUAUCAAAGGCUGGGAUGAAGGCGUGGCAAAGAUGUCUGUUGGUGAACGCGCCAAGUUAACCUGCACUCCAGACUAUGCAUAUGGUCAGCAAGGACAUCCAGGUGUCAUACCCCCUAACUCUACUCUUAUCUUUGAUGUGGAGCUCCUGCGCCUUGAAUAAUGCCACAAAGAAUAACAACUCUACUAAUUAAUAAUUUGUCAGCAAGAUACAUAAAACACAUUAAUGUGUGAUACUUAGUAACAAGUUACUUUCCUGAUUUAUGGUUGUUUUAAGCUUGUACCUUUAACAUACACCAAGGAACAUUUAAGUGCAUUUUUACGGUACAAUUAUUUUGAAUACUGUGAUGAUAAUUAUUUAUAUUAAUAUCACCAAAAGCUUAAGCUCACAUUUAAGAAAUAAAUAUUGUCAAACAUUA